CGUGACGAAACAAUGUCGCGUCCAGCUGUGUUUGUUACAGCGUCGUUGGAUACAGCGUUGUGUUAGGAAAUAUGGUUUAUGAUUCAAAACUGUAGAUACUUUAAUCUACAUAAUCACUCAGGACGGUAGGGUUUGCCAGCUCACAUUGUCUAUAGCCUACCGCAUGUUAUGCAUGCGCUGAAUGAUAGUAAACUCAUCUCUAUUUAACGUUUGUCGGUAUUUUUUGACCUGCACUGCAUCUUCAAGAGCGCAGACAUGACAGCAGGUUCAGUGGCAGCACCUCAGAUCAUCCCCAUCCGCGUGCCGCCUCCAGGAAGAGCCAAGCACGAGAUUGAGUCCCGCACUCCUGUGGAGAUCAAGUCCGACUCCUCUGAUGCGACUGUCCUGUACACGCUGGACGGCAGUAAGCCGGAGGUGAUGAUGAGGCCGGGUUUUGGUCACAGCACUCUGAAGUACACCGAACCUAUCCGUUUACCUGCGGGGAAAGUGUCCGUGAGAGCCAUGGCUGUCAGCACUGAUGGCCGUCAGAGUGCAGUCGUCACCAAGGUUUUCAUUGUGGCACCGUCUCCGUCUCAGGAUCUGACUACAGGCCAAGAGGAUUACACUUUGACAAACAGCCAACAAAUCAACGUCAAGGAUGAGGUGAGCGAAAAUGGAGCUGGCAUUUCCUCUAGUAAAAAUUUAGAUGUUCCCAGCAGUGAAUCUCGCAGAGCUUUGAAAGGCCCUCGAUUCCUGUCCCAACGCCUCGGCCCCAGUUCAUCUGCUCGGCUGACGGAGCAAAAAAACACGCAAGUAACAAGCACAGAUGUGGAAAACCUCUUAAAAACUUUGACGAGCACACAGAUAUCACGGAUCCAGAGAGAGACAGAUUUCCUUAGAUGUCCAAAGUGCCUGAGUCAUCGCCCUUCGGAUCCUUUCGCCCGAUUCUGUCUGCACUGCGGUGCACCAGUGCCUCCAAUACCCGGUCAAAGGCUGCCCCCUACUGAAGGAGGACAGAUGGGUCUAUGUGUGCAUUGUAAAGCCAUGGUUCCUCUCAAUACGGCCACAUGUGUGGUGUGUGAGUCUCCUCUGACUCAACAACUGCAGCCGCAGGCUAGUCUGAGACUACAGGAUAAGCUCAUCUGUCACUCUUGUGGGACGGGAAACCCUGCUCAUAUCACACACUGUGUCACUUGUGAAUCCCAGCUGCUUCAGCAAACCACACCGUAUUUGAGCGGACAGAGAGCUGCACCUGUACCCAGCUCACAGGGCAAAAUGGUUUUCUGCUCCAAGUGUAAUAGAGUCAACCACUCGGAUGCUCGAUUCUGCGACUGGUGUGGGGCAAAGCCCGGCCACAAAGCCAGCUCUGUGACUUGUUCUCAGUGUGGAGCUAGCAGCCAUCCUUAUGCUAAUUACUGCGGUGGCUGUGGUGUCUUCCUGGACGGCCCACCCAGGACGCCCUUACAUGUAAACCAGGGACAGGACACACAGGAAGCUGAUCAGUCUACAGCCUCCUGGCAGGCAGUCCCUGCACCUGAAUCAACAACUGAGCUUCCAGUGGCUGGUUUGCGCAUGUGCACAGAUGCACAGACGCAGACUGUGGGUCUGUUUUUCCCAUCCAGCACUGAGCUGAAAAAACUGAGCCAGCAGAGAGAGGCGGAGCUAUGCAGACAGGAGCAGAUGAGUGACAGGAAGCCCCUCCUCACUGCCAUUAGUCCCGGCCGAGGAUACUGGAGGAAGCAACUGGAUCACAUUUGCGCUCAUCUGCGCAGUUACACUCAGAAUAAUACUGAGUUUAGAGCUCUGAUUGGAGAACCUCGUCUUGGCAGAAUGAUAUCAGCUGUUAUUGAGGAGGACAGCUAUGAAGUCAGUCUGCGCAUUAACUUCCUCUCUGCCUCACCGGAGGGAUCCAGGUCGUCUUCUAUCGGCCAGCAGAGCAGAUCUGUGGCAUCAGAGAGUCAGAACCUCAGUGCUGUGACAGAAGGCAGGAAUUCAGCCAGUCCGGACAGUAACAUUAAUACAGGAGGAUCGUCAUCCAACAGAAAGAAGCAGAAAAAGAUCUGGAGCUCAGACGCCAAGCAGUCGGAGUCUAAAGACAGUCUGCUUCUUAAGGAGGUGGGGCCUGAGGGGCGGGGCCAGAUCUCAGCCGUGCAGCAGCUGUUAGAUGAGGUGAAGCUAAAGAACCAAUCACAGCUCCAAAAACCCCACAGCAAUUUAAAGGGGACGUUUUAUGGUUUUUCAGGUGCUGACCCAGCAUGUUUGGGAAUUGAUGGGCGUCCCGUUCUGGUUGCUGCAGUGUUAAACGGGCAUCAUGAUGUCAUUCCUGUGCUGGUGCAGAGAGAAGCUGAUGUUAACCACGCAUCUGGACCGUUGAAUAACACGGCGCUGCAUGAGGCUGCAGCUCUGGGAAACGAAGGUCUGAGGAGCGUUGAGAUACUGCUGGGGUGUAAUGCAAGUAUCAGAAAGCAGAACAAUCGUGGACAGACGGCGUAUGAUAUUGCCGUGGCUGCCGGGAGCAGGUCUGUUGUCACUCUGAUGGCAGCUCACAUGGGACAGGAUCUGCUACAGCGCCACACCAAGGCCAGGAGCCCAUCUGGACUGGAUACAUUCUCUUAAGACAAUCCACAUCUUAACCAAACC